GUGGAUGCUUCCAAGCAGCCAGUCCAAAAAACAUCUACCAGUCCUUUUGUCAUUUAGUCAAACAUUCAAUAAGAGGGAGGACAUUUACAACACAACAAUCAACCGGUUGACGGUGUUAGAACACAACUGAAGACAGAUCAACUCUUGCUUUUUACAACUUUUCCCAAGAUGUGGGCAAGGGGGAAGAAGUCAGGCCAGUUAGCCACCAGACCAUCAUGUUUCUCCAUAGUUCAUCAGUACAUUCAGCGUUUUAAUGAGGUGUCUGGCAAUAAGUCAGCUGUAAUCCGCAGAAGAUCCAAGACCCCAGGGGUGAUGAUCACACAGUAUACAUCAACUUUGCCUGAGGGUAAAAGCACCCCAGACUUCCGCUGUAAACCCAUGCCAGUUACGGUCAAGGAAGGAGAAUUAGCUGUUUUCAAGGCUGUGGUGACAGGGGAGCCGAAGCCAGAGGUUUCAUGGAGAAGAGCUAAAGGACCUUUAGCAGACAAGGAGAGGUUCCAAAGGAGAUAUGAUGAAUCAACAGGGGAACACAUAUUAGAGAUUCACAAAGUAUCUGCAGUGGAGGCCGAUACGUACAAAUGUUAUGCUGUGAAUGAAUGCGGCAAAGCUGUCUGCACCACAACGUUAAACGUGUUUGAUGUCUCAACAAAUCCUGAAGAUUUCAGAAAACUGCUAAAGAAAAGUAAAGCACAGACACCAGGUGGUGAGAAUGAUGAAACUUUCUGGGAUGUAAUGCUAAAUGCAGAUAAAAGAGACUAUGAAAGCAUCUGUUCUGAAUACGGUGUUGUGGAUUUAAACAUGAUCCUGAAGAAGCUUGAAGAGAAGAGGAAAAAGAAGGAAAAAGACAAACAGAAGGAUAUUAUGAAUUCCUGGGACAGUGUUCCAGAAGAACAGUGUAAUCAGAGUUUUGGGACGAAAAGCUGCAUCAAAAUUGAAGGCCUGGUACAAAGUGACACAGGAAUAUAUAUAGGUGACCCUGAGGAGGCUAACCGCCACAACACACAGCUAAAUCACGCCAGUCCUAAAAAAGACAUUUUACUUACAGGGUUCAAAUUGUCCAAUGUGGAUUUUAUGAUAAAAAUUCAAGAGAUUAAAGCUGAAGAAAAUGAUGAUGCUCUCUUCGAGUGUGUGCUAACGCACCCUCUACCCAAAAUCACUUGGAUAAAAAAAGGCAUUGUUCUGGAAGAUGGGGAGAAAUACAGUAUAACUGUAUCUGACAACAAGCUCAUUCAUCGGCUCCUCAUCAGGAACUGCACUAAACUGGACAAGGGAAUCUAUUCUGCUAUUGCAGGAAUUAUAUCCUGUAGUGCAUGGCUGGUGGUGGAAGAUCAGCACAACCCUGCAGAUGGUGGUACGAAAUUAAUCCAUAAAACCGCAAAAGCUGCUGGAGCUCAGAGCGACUUGGAAAAAGUGGCUAAAGAACAGCAGAUGAAAAUUCAAGAGGAAAUGGAGAAGAUUUUAAAAGCUGUGAAAGGAAAAUACUCAGAAACAGAAAAACUGAGAGAGGAUAUUUUACCCCAUGUUGGGCACCGUGGUGAAAGUGAAAAAACUGGUAAAACGCAGAAGGCUAACUCAAAAGAUAACACUUUAACAGCAAUGGAGUAUUCUGGGCAUGAAACAGGAGCAGAACAACCACUCAGAACAGGCGACCUAAAGAAGAAAUUCCACAACAAAGAUCAAGUUGUUUGUAACAUAAUUCCAGAAAGGAAAAAUACCAAAGAUGAUGCUGAAUCAACAUUUGGAGAUUUUGAUGUGAUAGAGACAGGAGAGCAACUGAGAGAAGGGGACCUAAUAAAGAAAGAACAGAGUGGUCAAGUUGGUUUCAAUACAAUGACAGAGAGAAAAAACACCAGAGGUGCCACCAUAACAACCUCUACCGAUUAUGGUAUGACAGAAGUAGAAGAAAAAGUGAGAGAUGAUAAUCUAAUCAAGAAAAUACACCACAAAGAUCAAGUCGGUUCUAACACAGAAACAGAUUCUAAUAAAGGGGAACCUCAACAAGAUCAAGAGGCAGAGAGUGAAGUAAUCGGUGACAAACAUCUCAGAGAAAAUCAAUGUGAUGAUGUCGAACAACAGAGUCAAUUCAGAGGAAAAAGUAGUUUGGAUAAGGAAGCAAGAACUCAGAGGAAAACAAAGAAUGUCCACUGGAAAGAAGCGACAUCAGAUAAUGGACAACAAAGUGGUGAUGAACUAAAUAACACUAAUGAGAACGAAGGCUCUGCUGACCAAGGAAAACGGCAACACGUUUUAAAGGAAAUCACAACAGAGAAAAAUUCUGUCAAUGGGAAGUUUGUGUUUUCUGAAGACCAUGGUGAAUGUGAAGAGGAUGAAAACAUGAGCAGCGCUUUCAACCACCCACGACGUAAAAGACAAGUCCCUCUGAUUACAGAUUCCCUGAUUGAUCCAGGCGUUCACUUCAUCCAGGGUUUGUCAGAUAUCGAUGCAAUUAUCCAUGAGAGUGCUGAGUUAACAUGCAAGCUCAGCCGUGAUGACUGUGAAGGAGUCUGGUUUAGAGAUGGGAAAAAGAUAUACCCAGAUGAUAAUAUUUCUAUCACUAUGAAUGGAUCCAUCCAUAAAUUAGUAAUAAUGCAGUGCAGUGUGGAGCACUCUGGGAAAUAUCGCUUUGAAGCAGAUGGUCGUAAGACAGAGGCAAUGAUUAACAUCAGAGAUCCUCCGAGGUUUGACCCAGAAGACCUCAGUGCCUUCACCAGGCCUUUGACACUUAAAGUGGGACACAACGCCAUCUUCAAACUGCAGUUCAUUGGCCACAAACCUAUUAAAGUUCAGUGGUACAGAGACGGCGAUGAGCUGCAAGAUGACAACAGUGUAAGAAUUGAAAAAUCUGCAAGUCACAGUCGCUUGCUCCUUAUUAGAUGCCAGAGAAGGGACACUGGAGAGAUCAAGAUAAAGAUAAGGAACGACCACGGCUUUACGGAAGCAGUAUCACAGCUUAUUGUUCUUGACAAGCCAUCCGCCCCCAUGGGUCCAGCAGAGGUCACUGAGAGUUCAGCAUCAUGCAUUGAAUUUAAGUGGCGGCCUCCAAAGGAUGACGGCGGGUCACCUGUGACUAACUAUAUACUGGAGCGUCAGCAAGUGGGACGAAACACCUGGAAGAAAAUUGGUGAAAUCCCAGGCGUGCCCAUCUACCGGGACACAGAUGUUGAUCGUGGACGGAAGUACUGUUACCGCAUCUGGGCAGUAACUUCAGAGGGAAUAAGUGAAGUGAUGGAAACUGACGAAAUGCAAGCUGGCAGAGUUGCUUUUCCAGGCCCUCCAGCUCCCCCAAAGGUGGUCAGUGCAUUUAAUGAAUGUAUCAAACUUUCCUGGUCUUCACCAGCUAUUACUGGAGGGUCACGUCUUUUGGGCUAUAUUUUAGAAAAACGCAAACAAGGAAGUAAUCUUUGGACUGUUGUGAAUGCACCAGAUGAGAUAAUAAAAGAGAAAAAGUAUGCAGUGAGGGAUGUUGUGGAAGGUAUGGCAUAUGAGUUCAGAGUUUGUGCCAUAAACCUCUCAGGAGCUGGUGAAUUUAGCAACGCAUCAGAAUUUGUUUUUGCGCGGGACCCUAAAAAGCCUCCUGGUAAAGUUAUAGGCCUGAAGGUGACAGAAACAUCUUACACCAACAUGGUUGUGACUUGGACCAAACCUGAGGAUAAACCAGGCAUACAGGAUGAAGCUAAAGGAUAUUUUGUGGAGAUUCGUCAGGCAGAUCGCAUUGAAUGGUCCCGUUGUAACAGCACCCCUAUUAUUAUGACUUCAUUUAAUGUGAAAGGCCUUAGGUCUAUGGAAAUGUACUGGGUGAGAGUCAUUGCAGUAAAUGAUGGGGGAGAAAGCAUACCCGAGGAGCUGCCAAAUUAUAUUCUUGCAAUGCCUUUGCCUGUAAGGCCAAGGUUCACAAACAACAAGAUGAAGAGUUUCAUGGUUGUGAGGGCAGGGAACUCUGUACGAAUAACAGUAAGCUUUGAGGCCUCCCCACGGCCAGAGAUUACAUGGUUAAAAGACAACGUGCCAGUGACAAAACGCGCUACAGUCAGUAACUCUGAUGGCUCAUCUCAGCUAUUGAUUCCCACCUCCGAACGCUCUGAUACAGGCAUCUACUCUGUCUUGGUGAAAAAUAUUGUUGGACAGGAAACCUUUCGUAUGGAAGUAAGAGUAACAGAUGAUCCAAAGCCUCCUGGACCAGUGGAACUAGAGGAGAAUGUUCCUGGAACGGUGACUGUGAUCUGGAAACCUUCUCUUGAUGAGAAGCGUGAUGAUCGUCUCCAUUACACAGUUUCCAAAUUGGACUCCACUAAGCACACAUGGACCACAGUGGCUGAUAGGCUCUUCAAUAACAGGUUCACAGUUUGCAACAUUGUGCAAGGAAGGGAGUAUCAUUUUCGAGUUUACGCCAAAAAUGACAUGGGUACAUCAGCACCCUCAGAAUCCCCAAUCUGGGGGACCGAAAAAAAGAAAGAAAAAAUUGUGAUAACUAAACCAAAAACUAAGGACUAUGACCUACGAUGCACUCCUACCUUCAUUGUACUUUUAAAGCCUCAAACUGCAACACUGGGCUAUGAAUGCUAUAUGAGCUGUGCAGUGAGGGGAAACCCUGCCCCUCGUAUCACGUGGUAUCGAAGCCACGUCAAUAUAAACACAGAUACAAACUAUUACAUCUCCAACACCUGUGGCGUCUGCUCCUUGCUGAUCCUUCAUGUUAGUCCCAAAGAUGUAGGCGAGUAUACCGUUGUUGCAGAAAACAGCUUAGGACGAGCUGAAUGCUCCACAGUGCUCAGUAUUAAAGCAGAGUGAAGAAGCUGAAGACACCACUUUUCAAAGACCAUCUGUCAAAAACAGGAAGAUCAACAAGCA